UGACAAUUGACAGCAGAUUCGCGUGGAUUUACGGCUCCAAACUAUUCGCAUAAACAUAUACCUGACUUAAUUACCUUAGAUCUGUCUCUAUUCUUGACCCUAACUUUUCUCUAUCUCCUAUGACCGACAAACCCAUUGGUUAUGGCCUCCCUACCACCGCGACAGCGACGCUCCUCUCCAUCUAGCCAGCAAACACCGAAUAUCGAAUCGCCCGACGCUGGACCAAUCCAUACGUCACAGUCCACCGCCUCCAUACAGUCCGCCGAUUCCCAAACCCUAUUACCUGGGUCGCAACCCAACCUUGAAGAUAACCCCACUUCAAAACCGACCGAAAUGUCCACAUCACAACCGCCACCGGCUUCGACAUCGGAUGAGCCCGCAGACGAUUCCGAGGCUCGUCGAUGCUGGAUCUGCUUCUCCGAUGAGACCGAAGAUCCACAGCCCACUACGUGGCGGACGCCUUGCCCAUGCGCGCUCGCCGCUCACGAAUCAUGUCUGCUGGACUGGAUAGCCGACAUGGAGUCCCCCAGCUCCAACCGACAAGCAGGGCAAAGUCCGGAGCUGAAAUGUCCACAGUGCAAGAGCCCGAUCAUAGUUACAAGGCCGACGAGCGUAAUCGUCCAGGCGGUGCGGGCGAUGGAAUAUGCGGUCAGCUUCAUGAUGCUCCCCGGCCUUGCGGUGGUCGUGGCCUAUCCGAUCUACCAGGGCAUGCUCGGACAUGGCGAAUGGACGAUCAGGACAGUCUUUGGGCGGGAAGACGCGGAGCGGAUACUCGCUCCCAUACACAUGGCUGUCGAGCAACGGGUGGCUCUAUUCCACAACGCGGAGGGCUGGGGUGACGAGCUGGCGAUUGCGAUGGGCCACUGGGCCACGAACUGGCAUCUGAACAUCGGGCUUCCGCUAAUCCCCGUAUUCCUGACCCUGAACCGAACCUCCGCGCUCGACAACUACCUCCCGCUCGUCCCGAUGCUGUUCUUCGCAAGCGGAGCAACAUCGCUCUCCAACCCCAAGGUCACGGACCUGUGGCCGCCCAGCGCGUCCGCCUCGUUCGCGAUCCUUCCCUACAUCCGCGCCGCAUACAACGGCCUCUACCACCACUUCUUCGCCUCGUACGAGAAGCAGUGGCUCAAAGAGAUCCAACCGCGCCACGGCACCAACGAGAACGGCCAAAACAACGACGACAACGACGACGCCGCACCCGGCGUCGGCAUCGAGAUGGAGAUGAUCCUCGAGGACUCCGACGGCGACACCGACGACGAGAUGCCGCCAUUAGUUGAACCCGCACCACCGAAUCAAAACCAACCACACACGAUAAUCGUCCCCCCAGACACGCAACCCCCCCACACUCCUCCCGUCGACCAACCCACUCCUCCUCACGGUCCCCCGCAAAACGGCCCCGACCCCAACGGUGGCGCCCCCGCCCCAAACAUCCCUGUCCCCCCCCAGGCCCCUCCCGGCGCCCAACCAGCACCCAACCGCCGCGAAGACCGCGGGGGGCAACUCCUCCUCCGCACGACGUGGGCUGACACGCUCUUCGGGGCGCUCCUGUUCCCCGCGAUCGCCUCGGGGGUAGGGGAGCUCCUCAAGCACGCGCUGCCGGCGUCAUGGGUGAUGGCGCCGACGCUGAGCGCGCGAUUCGGUAAGCUCGCGGGACCGACGGUGGUGUCGUGGAUGGAUAAGCUGACGGGCGCAGCGAAACCGACGGGGGUGCUGCAGAUGCGGUGGGGGCGGACGUUGGUUGGGGGGUGCGUGUUUGUGGUGUUGAAGGAUGCAUUGAUGUUGUAUGUGCGGUGGCGGAUGGCGAGGGAUCAUCGGAUGAGGAGGAUUGUGGAUUUCGAGGGGAGUAAGGGGAGAAGGAAGGAGGGGAAGAAGGCGGCGAGGUGAUUUUGGCGCGCUGCUGUACUAAUAGAGGGACCUUCUGCGAUUAACACGACUUCCGGGAUGGAUUAGGAGUCGUUUAUCCGGUCUUGGUUCUUGUUCCGCGGAUUGCGCGGCGCUGGAUUAGACAUGGGAUUUGGUUGUUCACGAUAACGAUACCAAGAAGAUUAGAUAUAUUGAAUUACUCCUUCUCGGCUGACUCGAUCCGCAAGGUUUUAGAAGCGUUGGGAGCCAAUCUCAUAGUAGGUUGAGAUCGAACGCUGGAUGGGGUUCUCUGCCUUUCAGCCGUCCAAUGAAUAUUCCAGCGAGGGCUCGACUGUAACAGAAACGGAUAUCCUCCCAUCACACGUAGCCUGAUGCUAGAUAGGAGUU